UUGACCGUCCUCAAGUGAAAUAAAGUUGCACACAGACAAAACAAGAUUAUGUGAACUUUUUAAAAGGCUCAUUUAAUCUUAGAGAGUAAAUUAACCCUUGGCUGUUGCACUGUUAGGAGUACUCCAGUCAUUAGAUGAGCAGUAUUAGACGCUUCCUCUGGGAAUAAUGUAACUUCUCGCUCUGUCCUUUCUCUCCAAGAUAAAGUUCGAUAUGAAUCUUCGCUUGCAAGGGGCAAAACCUCUCUCCCAUAUUAGGGUUUGUCAGUGUGAUGCUAAAAAUGAUCCUUUGGCGGACUUGUGAGUAAUUGACCCUCUGACGUUAACAACGCCCAGGCAAAUGAAGGUAUAAUUGGUGGGAGCACCACGCAGCCGCUGGAGCAGACGCCGAGGCCCGUGGAGCUGGAGCGACCUCUCAGCGCAGAGGGAGACCUGCCACCUCGGAGGUACCAGCACAGGGGUGAAGGAUGCUGCUCUGGGUGUUCUUCCUCGUGACCCUCACCCUCAGCAGCGGCUCCCACGGUUCCCUGCCCUCCCAGCCUCUCAGGAUCCCACGGUACGCAGAUGCCAUCUUCACUAACAGCUACCGGAAGGUUCUGGGCCAGCUGUCUGCCCGCAAGCUACUCCAGGAUAUCAUGAACAGGCAGCAGGGAGAGAGAAACCAGGAGCAAGGAGCAAAGGUACGGCUUGGCCGUCAGGUGGACAGCGUGUGGACAGACCAACAGCAGAUGGCAUUGGAGAGCAUCUUGGUGAGCCUGCUGCAGGAGCGCAGGAAUUCCCAAGGAUGAAGAUUCUGCCUCUAUUUUCUGCUCCCUGCAGCUGAGACACAACUGCAUCCAUUAAUCCGUUUUAAUUUCUG